CAUCUUGUGUGGGAAGCCCAUGCAAAACAGCACCAGUAGUGCGGCGCACACCACACCGGAGGACCAGACGACGACGACGACGACGACCGGAUGGACGCGGCGGCAGGCACCCUACGGAAGCGGCAGCUCUCGGUGCACACGACCGGGAGCAAUGGCACGGCCGCCAACGGGGUCGGGAUCCGGCGGGCGGGCCACGCCGGGGAGCAAGAGCAAGGGGAGCUCGUGAGCCCCUCCGCGAGGCUCGUGGAGGACUUCUACAUCGUCGUCGUGAUCGGGAUCGCCACGCCCGUGAACCUCCCCGUCGCCCGCGCCGGCAUCGAGGCCCAGCUCGCGCGCUACCCGCGCUUCCGCAGCAUCCAAGUGAAGGACAAGUCGGGCCAACCGCGGUGGGAGCCGACGACGGUGGACGUGAACGACCACAUCAUCUACCCGAAGCUGGACGCGGCGGCGGUGGCGCGCGACCCGGACAGGGCGGUGGAGGACUACGUGGCGACGCUGUCGACGCUGCCCAUGGACGAGACCCGCCCGCUCUGGGAGUUCCACGUCCUCGACUUCCCGACCUCCGAGGCCGCGGCAACCACGGCGAUCCGCGUGCACCACUCGCUCGGCGACGGCAUGUCGCUGCUCACGCUCCUCAUGGCCUGCACCCGGAGCGCCACGGACCCGUCGAGGCUGCCGGCCAUGCCGCCGCUGCCCACGCGCACGGGCGCCAUCUGGGAGCGGCCGCGCCCGCCGGCGUCAGCGGGCGCCCUGGCGCUCGCGGCCUGGGCGUGGUCCUUCGUCGCGCUGGCCUGGCACACCGUGGUGGACGUCGCGAGCUUCUUCGCCACCAUCCUCUUCUUCAGGGACCCGCACACGCUGUUCAAGCGCGUCAACCACGCGCCGCACCAGCGCAAGCGACUCGUGCACCGCGCCCUCAGCCUCGACGACGUCAAGUUCGUCAAGAACGCCAUGAGCUGCACGGUGAACGAUGUGUUGGUUGGGGUCACCUACGCUGCCUUAUCGCGAUACUACUUCCGGAAGACAGGUGAUGCUGACACCAGCAAGGAGAUCCGUGUGCGAUCAAUACUACUCGUCAAUUUAAGGCCAACGACCAGCCUGCAAGCAUGUGUUAAUAUGAUAGAGUCCGGCAAGGAAAGCGACGUGAAAUGGGGGAAUGAGCUUGGCUUCAUCAUCCUUCCAUUUCACAUCGGCUUGCACGACGAUCCAUUACAGUAUGUUCGCAAGGCGAAGAAGAUUGUGGAUAGGAAAAAGAGCUCGUUGGAAGUUGUGUUCACGCAUUUAGCUGCAGAAGUUAUCCUCAAAAUCUUUGGACUCAAGGCAGCAGGAGCUAUCUUCCAUCGUAUGAUCUCUCAUACAACCAUAUCAUUCUCCAACAUGAUUGGUCCAGUUGAGCAGGUAGAGUUUUGUGGACAUCCAGUUGUCUUCAUCGCCCCAAGUGGAUAUGGUCCUCCAGAAGCCCUAACCGUGAAUUUUCAAAGUUAUGUUAACACUAUGAUGGUAAAUCUAGCAGUGGAUGAGGCACAAUUUCCAGAUUCUCAUGAGCUGCUGGAUGACUUUGUUGAAUCACUCAGGCUAAUUAGAGGUGCAGCUUCAAGUGUUGGGAAGAAUCACAAGAAUGGUUGAGGGAAGAUUUAAACCGUGCUUCCUUUCAUUCCUCCAGUCCUAAAAACAAUUUAGAAUUCAAUAUUAUUGCUAAAUAAUUUGUGGUUUUGUGUUAUCGUGUAGAAUUUAAACUCAACCAAAUUGAUGAAGUACAUCAAACGAGUUGAGCAAUGGAUUUUCUGGAGAAAACAAGCAUCAUUGGUUUUAGAACAAAAUGUUGUAAAAUUGUAAUACUGAAUGGUGCUUUAGUAUGCUUGACCUUUUACUCCCA